AUGGCAUCGUCCGGCGCCCAAGCCUCAGCGGCAGCAGGUGCAGCUUCGUCAUCAUCACCGUCGUCGUCGGGGGGCGGCCUUGUGCCGGCGCAGCUCGGCUUCCUGGCCAUCUUCAACCCCUCGCUCGGCACCACCGACGACACCAUCGACGACCAGAUCGUCUACUACGCCUCCGUCACCACCCAGGCCUCGCCGCACAAGCGAAGGCGCACCCGCGGCCGUCCCACUGAUGCCAUCUCCCAGGACGAGCGCCAUGAGCGUCUGCGCCAGAUCGGCCUCGCCCAGGGCAUGGCCAACUUUAGCCGCGGCUUUGCCGAGGGCGCCGCCGUCGACGCCAUCGACACCGAGACGUCGCGCGUCGUCAUGCACGAGCUCGAGCCCGGGUGGUGGAUUCUGGCCAGCAUCGACCUGACAAAGGUGCCGCUGCCCCCGCGGCUGCCCACAAAGGCUGGCCAGAGUCGCGAGGACAAGUUUGAGUGUACGACGCGCGAGAUGAAGCCCACCUCGCUGCUGCUCAGGGACCUGCUGCGCGCGCAUGAAAUCUUCCUCAUGCACCACGACUCGUCCCUGAGCGCCUUGUUCGUCCACAGCCGCCGCUCAAAGUUUGUUGCCCUCCUGAACCGCUACUGGGACCUCUUCCUCUCCACCUGGAGCGUCAUGCUGCACGGCAACCCGGCCAGGGACAUCUUUGGCGGCAUCAACGUCGCCGCCUCGGGCGAGCUUGGCGUAGGCGUUGGGGAGGAGGACCGCGGCAGCGGCGAGCGCGACGUCUUGGAGGGCCUGGUCGGGAGGAUAGAGGGCCUCGUCGACCUUGUCGUCUCCAAGUUUGGCAAGACACCGGACAAGAAGCACGAGGAGCACGAGCCCUGGCUAGGCACUGGCCGCGAGCCGGCAGCCGUCGACGGCGCCAUCUUCCUGGGCACAGGCGCCUUAUCCAGGAAGUCUCUACGGGACGUGACGCACUGGAUGGAGGACCUGUACACCUGGGGAGAGCAUGCGUACGGUCUCAUCGAGAGCCCGACGUCGAUUCGCCACGCCAAGGCGAGAAAGGCCGCCAAGUCUGCCGAACAAGACCCCAAGCCCGCGACCGCGGCGGAAGCGGCCCCCAGCUCCUCGGGGGGCGCCAAACCCACGGCCUCGCAGCUGAAGCCCGAAUCAGAAGGCGGUGCGGGCGAUGACAGUGAAAGUCACAUCAACAAGGGUGGUGCGGGCCAGGCAAAGACCAAGGACGUCGACGACGGCAAGCUGGAUAAGAUGCUCAGCUACAUGAAGCUCGGGUACGGCUCCUACUGGACCUUGCCCGGCAGCUCCGGCGACUCAUCGCCCUCCACCCAACCCCGCAUCCCCGAAGCCGGAGCCGAAGCAGUGCGGGAGCGGAGCCCCGAGACGCCCCGUGAGCCCCCGGCAGCUUCCGGUGCGGGUCCGCGGGGCCCCACGGCAUCGCACGAGGCGUCCGGGCACUUUCUUAUCGGGCUCCGGGGCGAGAUUGAGGAAAGCCAGGAGGCGGAUGCGGGCCUGAGCCAGACAUCGGCCAGCGGCGAGUCAGACGCGGAGAACAACUCGCGCACCGUGGUGCGUACGCUGCACGUCGAGCUCGAGAGCGGCGCGACGGGCCAGCGACCCGAGGCGACGGUGGUCAAGGACUUUGCGCACCCGGCCAGCGUGCACACACAGUCGCAGGUCAUGGGCAACAUGUUGCCGGGCUACAACUUGCACGACCUCAACAAGGCGCACAAGCUGCGCGUCGUCGUCUACGUCAACCGGCCCUUUGUCUUCGUCUUUCUCUUCCGCCUGCGCACCGACUCGCUGGCCUGGGACGCGCUAUACCGCUCGCUGCACUACCAGCUCGCCCCGCUCAAGAGGCCGCUGCUCGCCUCGACGAGCUACCGCCCGGACCGCCCGGGCCUCGAGCGCGCCUCGUCGAGCAUCUACAACCUCGUCUGGGACCCGUCGUCGCUCACGGUACACUCCAUCAUUCCCUGCAUCCAGGACCUCACGGUGGCGGCGGCGGCUGGUGACUCGUGGUCCCGCGCCGACGCCGUCAGCACGCAUCUCCACCUGCUCAAUAUCCAUGCCGCGACGCGCUCCCUCGCCGGCGACGUCGAGCGCACGCAGAAGACCAGCCGCGGGUGGUGGAUCGUCUGGACGCGUCUGCUCGACCGCUGCCAUCACGAUUCCCCGCGGGCCGGCAGCACCGGGGGGGAGAAGGACGAGGACGAGGAGGUCGAGGGGGGCGGCGCAUUGCGGGCCUCGACGUCGUCGCUCUCGCUCGGCUCGGCCUCGGACCGACACACUGCGGCGGGCGGCGGCGGCGACGACAACGACGCGCGCGCCCUGGCCAAGGAGAUUUUCCUGGUGCGACGGGCCAGCGACCACGCCGGGCUGCUCGGGGGGGCGGGCGGCGGCGGGGAGAGCAGGCUGGCGCAGGGCAUCGGCGUCGACACGCGGCGAUACGUCGAGGAGCUGCUGAGCCUGCUGUGA